GGCACGCAUCAUGUCUGCUUCGACAGACUCGAGUGCCGCGAAUGUCGAGACGAGCAAUGAGAGUGGGCCGCCAGAAAUCGAAGCUUUGUUCCUGAUUAGGUUCGAUAAGAAGGUCGGCUACACAAUCGCAUGGAAGCGCUCUGCGACCGACAUAGCCCUCGAAAACGCCGUCGAGUUCAAGUCGCUGCCGUCAGGACUCCAUGCAGUGCAGAACGACCUAGUUUACUUUACACAUGAGGGCUACGCCGGGCUCAGCGCCUUCGCCAAGGGCGACGCAAGCGCAGAGGAGCGCAACGCAAACUUUGUGUCGGUCGGCAUACUGGUGAAGAACGAAGGCAGAUUUGGCAGGCUAGGGCGGGCAUGGCUGCUCGCCGGGCAGUUGGAGAAGCUGGCUGCGGCACUGGCUGACGACUCGGACACGGUGACACCGCUGGAAGACUUCUGGGAAGAACACAAUUCAGGAUCGAGGAGCCGGAGUCAGGCGUCGGACAAGGGAGGUGCGAAGGGACACAGCAGAGCGCGUGCAAUAUCGACAGUGAGCGUUGUCACUAGGGAUGAUGAGAGUCUCCCAGCAUAUCAUCCUGCGCUGUCGAUACUACGGUACAUGGACACUUUCGGGCCCUUGGUCUUCAGGCUGCAGCAGGCAGCGCUUUUGCGGAAGAGGAUACUGUUCGUGGCAAGUCCGCCAGUGAGGACUGCUUGUGAAUAUGUAUACAACCUCUCCGUCCUCUCCAGCAUUUCGACGCGCGAUUCAGAUCUCCUUAUACCCGGCACCGAAGAUCUCGUGCGCCUUCCUUCCCUCUUCUCCAUUGGCGUCCACGACAUACCUCAUCUCGAGGACCUACGAAACCCGAAACACGGCGGCCACACACCAGGCAGCGAAGCUUCUGAAGGCUGGGCAGCAUGCACCACAGACGAGAUUAUAAGUACAAAGACACAACUGUACGAUAUUGUAGUCGAGCUACCAUCCACCCACGACGCCCCACCGCAAGCACGUCGCUGGCCGAGGAUACGCACGAGCGACGGCAGCUUGAUCAGAGCAAGUCAGCGAGACGUGGCCCGCUACAAGAUUCUACACAAGGAGCUUUUCAGGCACAGGAACGGGCAACAAACUCAGCCCGAGGCAUACACGGACGAGGACAACGACGACACAGCGCCCUUGCUGUCGCGCGAUGAAGUCGACACGAAGCGGGCCGACGACGACUUCAACGAGGCCUACGAUGACUCGGUCGUGGAGCCCAUGACGUGGUCGCGGCUUGCGUACCUGGGCUUCAUGUGGUGGGCAUCCGCGGGUGAGAGGGACGCUUACACGACAGCGGAGCGGGACACGGACCGCGAGCUUAUUGGCGAUCUGGCCGAGUACUCGCAGUCUGUUGAGACGGCCUUGAUCGCGUACUUCCACCGGCAAACCUCGUUGCUGAUACAAACACUGUCGCAAGUCAUUGAGAGCGAACGGGCAGGCGAGAGGGAGAGUGAUGAGGACGACGAGGGAGAUGCGUUGGUCAUUGACAGAGAUGACUUGUCCCGAAUGGGGCUGGAUACUUGGUCCGAAGCCGACAGGGCGUUUGUGCAGGAGUUUGGCAGCCUGUACUUUGGACGGGCGAUUGGGGUCAAGGGGAGCGAGGUGGACUGCUGCGGGUUGCGGGUCCCUGUCUUCUAGGAUACUAUAGACGGUCCAAGAUAGAGGGUUCUACUAGAAUUGAGGGCAGGUUCCCGGUUCGUGUCAUUGACUAGUCUCCUGGCGUCGUUCUGUGGCCGUGGUGUGAGAGUUGGUGGCGUCAGACUGGCUGGGUACAUUCAUCCACGACAGCUGUUCGUGUCGAUACGUGACUUGCUCGUACCUAGAACGCCCACUAACUCGGUAAGAUGUAUAGGCUGAAGGGCGCAUAAAUGACAAGCCUAGUUGUUGCGUGUUGGUAGUGGACUUGCUCGUACCUGGAAUCCAGCUCCAGCAAGCACGCACACAGGCUGAAGAGCGCGUACACGACAAGCCUCACCACGUCUCGUAUCCCGCGAUCGACUCGUAAACAAUCAAUUGUCCUCUUCUUUAUUCGCCGUCACUAAUAAACCCCAUCCCAGCCGAUGUCGGGC